AUUUUUUUCAAUUAUUUUUAAGUAUUUAUUUUAAUUGUUUCUAUGAACGGAAUCCAUCUCAUCUCAUCUCAAAGUUUUUUUUAAAGAGGGAAGAAUGUUAUCGUGUAAAAAUUAUAAUCCCGAUAAAGUUUUUCAGAGAUUCAAAGUUGUGGAAUUUCCGGCGACGUUUGUCCAAUUAUCAACAUCACAGGUUCUAGAUGUGGAUGUCGAUCUCAACCACUCCGCUUAUCUCAAAACUAUGUGCGAUGGGAAACUCAUGAAAUUUGAUGAAGCACGUAAAACUUCAGCAGCCCAUAGAGCAUUUGACUUAAUACAACUAGACGCACGAACAGUUAAAAUCAAAUUCCAUCCGAAAAAUGAAUGUAUAGCUAAAACUAAACAGAAACAACUUGAUAACAGAUUCGUUUUUGACCUGCGAUUAAUACAAGUUAACGAAGUACGAUGUUGUAAUGAUGAACAUCAUGCAGAAAUAGGCCGGUAUUACAUUAGCGGCCAGUAUGAAUUCUGUAAAAUAUCCCAUUUCCCUAAAAUUCUUAACUUUGGUGACGUGAUCAUUAAUCACAAAGUAACUAAACAAGUUCGUAUUCGAAAUGAGUCAAGUUUAAUCGUCGCUAAAAUGCGCAUCGAUAGAAUAACGUGUUUCGAAAUUUCACCUUCAAGUUUUUCUAUUGCCCCUAACUCAUCAAUACGAGUGACUAUAUCUGUUAAACCAACUGGUCUGAAAAUUGCGAGAAGGUUUUCUUUUCAAAUACGAAAUCCUUUCGACUCAGACUGUGAACCACCCGGAUCAACUGAUGAAGAUACAAAUUACAUCACGUAUAAUAUUAAUUACAAAAUAAACAUAUCGUACGAUAAAAAACCGAAAGAAGUAGUGGUUCAAUCUUUGCACAAAUUAUACGAUCAACUUCCUAAAUAUACCUAUGUAGACGAAGAAGAACAAGUGCGUAAAAAAAAAUUCGAGAUAGGAAAAGAGUAUCUAAAUAUUUGCAAGUUAAGAUUUGCUAAACCACCUAUAAUUGAAAGAUUUACUACUGGAAGGGACGAAUGUUACUUAGAUACAUCACAAAAGAAUGGAAAACCAGAUGGAAACUUUUGCAGAAAGGUUGAGCGAAAAGCAACAACAUACGAUAUGUUUAAAAUUCUAUUUCUUCCUUUCAUUAUCAAUUUCGGAAAAGUUGCUUUAUCUACUUAUGGCGACAGAGAAAUAACAGUAAAAAAUACAACUGCAUACGAUAUAAGUGUAAAAUUCCUUAAUGAUAAAUGUGUUCUUUACACUGAAAAAAUGCUACAAACCGUAUUAAUAAAGCUGAAACCCUCACAGGAAGCCAAAUUAACUCUAUUUUGUCUCGGAUUCGUCGAAGGUUCGUACAAUGGAACCAUUGAAUACAUAGUUGACUUCACUUACAGAGGUAAACAUCCCUACUCUCUAGAAGUAGGAAGUCCCUUACUUGUACUACCGGAAAGAAGCUUAAAAUUCGGAAUGGUGUCAUCUGACAGCUUUAUCACGUCAGUUCCGGUUAGAAUAUACAAUCAUUUCAAUAUUCCCGUCAACUUCAGAUGGGACGAUUUCCACCCAGACACCCCAUUUGAAAUACUUCCAAAGUCUGGCUCCGUACCAAAUCAUGGUUGUAAGAUCUGCACGAUGAUAUACGUUUGUAAAGCUUCUAAAACGAAAGUUCACGAAGUCGAUCUCAUUUCUGAAGGUUUAACAACUCGGAGCAUACCCAUUGAAUUAAGCGUCGUAACACGUAAGCUAUCAAUUAAGUUCUUACAAGCAUCCGUCACAUUUAAAGACAUUCCAUUAAACUUGGAGACCAGAGAGAAAGUAAAGUUGGAGAAUUCCUCAAGAGAGAUUGCUUUAUUUCAUGUCGUCGAGCCUCUCAUUCCGGGGAUAACAAUAGAACCCAUGUGUGGAACGAUCCGACCGAAAAUGAUAAUGACUUUUGACAUCAUUGCCAAAAUAUCAUGUGUGAUGGAAUUUUCUUUUGACAUUUUACUACGAAUUAAUAACAAAGAAAAUGUUGUUUUACCAAUAAGUGGUAACGUUGUUGAGCCCAAAAUUAUUAUACACCCGAAGAACAUUUAUAUGUCUCGUUUACCUUGCUAUAUGAUAACCUAUGUACCAGUAACUUUUCAAAAUUUUGGAAUAGUGAAAGCAGAAGUAGACGUUCUUGACACUGGUGAUGAUAAUAUAUUUGAUGUUUAUGUUGCACACGGAAAUGAAAAAUUGAGAGUCUUAAAUUUCGUUGUCGAUGGUGGUCAGUCUAAAGUUGUUUUCAUCAAAGUAUGCGACACUUUUAGAAGAGAAUAUGAAAUGUAUAUUCCGUUUAGAGUGAAUGGACUUCUGGGACCCCCUGAUCACAGUUCUUUAUCAACUGAACUCCAUCAUUAUAUUGGAGAAUACGAACAUCUCUACGACAAUAAUGCAAAGGUAAAACUAAGAACCGUAAACAAAGAUAUAAGCUACUGCCGUAUAGUUGGCGUUAUAACAGUACCGUGGAUAGAAUUUUCUGUUGACAAAUUUGAAAUAGAAUUCAGCCAACAUGGAAAAAACAAUAUCGAGUUUAACAUUAAAAACAUUUCAAAAUAUUAUUUAUACGUGAGCAUAGUGACAUCAAAGCUUACACCAAACUUCACUUUAGAACUAAACGAAGUCGAAGAAUCUGAAGUCAUCAUAACGGAAACAAACAUAAAAUUUGAGCUCGAUCAACAGAAAGAAGCGUCAUUUAACUUGAAGUUUCACCCAAAGGGUCAUGGAAAAUUCGUUUCUACUGCCAUAUUAUUUUUAGACAAAAAUAUGACCAUACCGUACUACAAUUUAACUUUUAUUGGCAGAAAAGAGACUCCUCUAAUGAUACCAAGUACUUACAGAGUUAUAUUUCCGCCUUGCCCGAUAGGAGUCGAAAUCAAGCGGGUUAUAACGAUCGACAUGGAAGAAGAGUCUGAUUUAGACUCAUUUUCUUGUGUUUCAAAAGAGGAAUUGAAUCUCGUAGUAGAAUUUCUUGACUACAAUAUUGUAGAAAAGGAAGGACACUUACAUACAAUUGUAACAGUCGCUAUAAAAGUCUUUUGUAAAGUUCCUUACAUAGGCAAUGUCCAGCUCCAUUUUAACCACGAAUCUGGAUCUACAUGUGCCAUUGACGUACAAUUUUGUAUUACUUAUUGUCAACUGACUUUACAUGCCAAUGUUUUUGUAAAACCUGAAAGCAAUCCUUACCCAUAUUAUCCUCUAAGCAAUCAAACCAAAUUAUACGAGUACAUGGAGAGGAGUGCUGCAUUUUUGGAAAAAUGGAUGUUUCAGCAAGGUUUUCGAAGAGAUUUAUAUCCGAUUAUUCCUGAUACUUUCCAUGCUAUAUCUCCUACGUUGUCAACUUGUGCUAGUACAGGAAAAUCAAGGGGCAUAAAUGUGUCGUAUUUGAAUUUUGUCCGAAGGAUUGCAGGCCCACUUAUGAAACACGUGCGGAAAAUAGCAGUACACGGAGUUGAUGAUUCUUUCAAGCUUGUGAAAGAAAUUCACGACACUUACCGGGAAGUUAUAGUUCUGCUGAGAUCACGAGGUGCUAACUUAUGGGCUUUGCAACCAAAAUUCUUGUUGAGCCACGAACAGUAUGUUGUCUACACAGAGUACGUGACUCCCAAGUGCAAUGCUGACAUUGUGCUAAGAAAUCAACUGGUAACAGACGUUAAUCUAUUCAAUCGGUUAAACAAACAGAGUUGGUUUGACUUUAUUUUACAGACAUAUAAAGUGUUCAUAUUGGACAGCUGCUUCUUUGACUGUAUCUGUGUCAGUGCACAGCCCAGAGAUAUAGUAAAAAUCAUAGUCGAUUGGUUUAAUGAACAAAUUAUGAGGCAGCACCACAAUAUUCGCGGUAACAAUAAAUCAGUCAAACAUAUAAAUAAUUUAACCACAGACUUAAUUGAUGGCUACGCACUGUCAUGUGCUUUUAUGAAUUAUUGUCCUUUUUUAAUUGAACAUUUCUCAUUAUAUUGCGAAGUACAUGAGCAAACCCGAGAGGGCGAUAUAAUUAACAACGCUUGUCUUAUUAUCGAAGCUAUGAACCAACUAAGACUUUAUUUCCCUCUAUCAACCAGAGACUUUUUUGCGCCCAAUUUCAUUCAAAUGUUGUUUUUGUCCAUCCACCUUUAUGUUAUUUUGCCGAUGUUCAAACCAAAAGGGACUAUCAGAUUUAAUCCACCUCUGCUAAGAAGUUCAUCAAGGCAAGUAGCCAUUGCUCCAAGUAGUCAAGAAUCGCUCAUUUAUACUUUUAUGAUUCUUAAUAACACACAAAAUAACUUCUUGGUCGAAAAAGCUCCUACAGCUGAUAAUGGAAAGAAAAUGUUUCUGAACGUUAAAUAUACUGCUAAUUUUGUUAACGAAGAUAGUUGUAUAUUGCUUGUUCACGGUUAUAACAAAACAAGAAUAUUCGACACAUACAUCGUUUUUUUGCUCUUUGGAGAAGUUGGGUCGCUUAGCCCGGUGAGGAAAUGUAAAGUGACUGGCCCAUUGUAUCGACCGAAUAAGGUGGAUGUACAGGUAUCAUCGCCGUUCCCGGCUCCGGCCACGUUUCAUAUAUAUUUGACAGAUAUUGAGCCAACGAUUCCCGUACACUUGGAUGAAAAUAACAAACCUAGAUUCUAUUUACGUCGUCUAAAUCUCAUUGAAAAAGAAAUAAUGUUGACUGGCGCACCAAGAGAAAAUGCUCAAGAUGUUUUGGAACACAAGUUGUAUUUGCUAAUGAUUUGUCUCUGUACUCAUGUGGGAAAUUCAUGGAUUUGGUUUUGGAGCGAUAUUGGUCAAUUUUUUAUCCGAGUGACAACGCAACCUCGUUGGGAUUUAGCUAUAGACAGCCUGCAAGCCAAAGUGCGGACGUGGCCCCUAGAUCCGUGCAGCUGCGGGGAAGCUUGCGAGUGCUAUAGAACCACGGUGCUUAUGAUACCUCACCGAAACGACCUCAUGAUAAAAGCUAUGCGAUAUGCGCUACUCGAGAACGCAUCAGAAACCAUGAUGCAGAUAUUCGAUCGGCUAAUUGAGUCCGUAACCGGGAAAUUGAUUCUUACCAUGUUGUUGGAGGAAGGUGGGACAACGAUGUCGGAUGUGCAGCAUAUACUGCGCACGGACAACACGUUCAGGAUAUCGUCGCGAGCUCUGAUCCCGCGCAUCGACCGCGUCACGCUGACUCAGCACAGCAACGCGAUGCUUGCGCUGCCUGUGACCAUACCGGCUGACGAAAAGUUUGAGAAGUACUCUAUAACGUUUACAUCAGAUUGCGGAAUGGAUAUUAGAACUUACAGAAUAUUCUUCAUAGAAGGUAGUAGUCAAAGUGUGUCUGAAUCGUAAAUGCAUGUUAUUUAAACUGAGUGUUUGAUGUAUUUAUGGCAGCUUUUUGGAAGAUAAAAUUUGAAUAGUUUCAUUUUCCAUCCCUUGAAUAUUUUUAGUAAAUUAUUUUAGAAAUAUACCUAGUUAUUGAAGAUUUAGCUGUGCUUAAACAGCAAAGGAUAAAUAACUAGAAAGCUUUUACUUAAUUAUUAAUUGUUUUAACCCUAAUUUUAAUCAAUAUUAUAUUUCUAUGGGGUAUGUUAUCUUCGACUGAUUAAG